GGAGGCGGCGGCCGCGGCGGCGGGAGGCGGCGGGAGGCGGGCGGAGGAGGAGGCGGAGGAGGCGGGAGCUGAGCUGAGUGGGGCGGGCGGCGGCGGGGCCCGAGCCCGAGAAGAUGGCGGUGCGGAAGAAGGACGGCGGCCCCAACGUGAAGUACUACGAGGCCGCGGACACCGUGACCCAGUUCGACAACGUGCGGCUGUGGCUCGGCAAGAACUACAAGAAGUAUAUACAAGCUGAACCACCCACCAACAAGUCCCUGUCUAGCCUGGUUGUACAGUUACUACAAUUUCAGGAAGAAGUUUUUGGCAAACAUGUCAGCAAUGCACCGCUCACUAAACUGCCGAUCAAAUGUUUCCUAGAUUUCAAAGCGGGAGGCUCCUUGUGCCACAUUCUUGCAGCUGCCUACAAAUUCAAGAGUGACCAGGGAUGGCGGCGUUACGAUUUCCAGAAUCCAUCACGCAUGGACCGCAAUGUGGAAAUGUUUAUGACCAUCGAGAAGUCCUUGGUGCAGAAUAAUUGCCUGUCUCGACCUAACAUUUUUCUGUGCCCAGAAAUUGAGCCCAAACUACUAGGGAAAUUAAAGGACAUUAUCAAGAGACACCAGGGAACAGUCACUGAGGAUAAGAACAAUGCCUCCCAUGUUGUGUAUCCUGUCCCCGGGAAUCUAGAAGAAGAGGAAUGGGUACGACCAGUCAUGAAGAGGGAUAAGCAGGUUCUUCUGCACUGGGGCUACUAUCCUGACAGUUAUGACACAUGGAUCCCAGCGAGUGAAAUUGAAGCAUCUGUGGAAGAUGCUCCAACUCCUGAGAAACCUAGGAAGAUUCAUGCAAAGUGGAUCCUGGACACCGACACCUUCAAUGAAUGGAUGAAUGAGGAAGACUACGAAGUAAAUGAUGACAAAAACCCUGUCUCCCGCCGAAAGAAGAUUUCAGCCAAGACAUUGACAGAUGAGGUGAACAGCCCAGAUUCAGAUCGACGGGACAAGAAGGGGGGAAACUAUAAGAAGAGGAAGCGCUCCCCCUCUCCUUCGCCAACCCCAGAAGCGAAGAAGAAAAAUGCUAAGAAAGGUCCCUCAACACCUUAUACUAAGUCAAAGCGUGGCCACAGAGAAGAGGAGCAAGAAGACCUCACAAAGGACAUGGACGAGCCCUCACCAGUCCCCAAUGUAGAAGAGGUGACACUUCCCAAAACAGUUAACACAAAGAAAGACUCAGAGUCGGCCCCAGUCAAAGGCGGCACCAUGACUGACCUAGAUGAACAGGAAGAUGAAAGCAUGGAGACGACGGGCAAGGAUGAGGAUGAGAACAGUACGGGGAACAAGGGAGAGCAGACCAAGAAUCCAGACCUGCAUGAGGACAACGUGACUGAACAGACCCACCACAUCAUCAUUCCCAGCUAUGCUGCCUGGUUUGACUACAAUAGCGUUCAUGCCAUUGAGCGGAGGGCUCUCCCCGAGUUCUUCAACGGCAAGAACAAGUCCAAGACUCCAGAGAUCUACCUGGCCUAUCGAAACUUUAUGAUUGACACUUACCGACUGAACCCCCAAGAGUAUCUUACCUCUACCGCCUGUCGCCGAAACCUAGCGGGUGAUGUCUGUGCCAUCAUGAGGGUCCAUGCCUUCCUAGAACAGUGGGGUCUUAUUAACUACCAGGUGGAUGCUGAGAGUCGACCAACCCCAAUGGGGCCUCCGCCUACCUCUCACUUCCAUGUCUUGGCUGACACACCAUCAGGGCUGGUGCCUCUGCAGCCCAAGACCCCUCAGCAGACCUCUGCUUCCCAACAAAUGCUCAACUUUCCUGACAAAGGCAAAGAGAAACCAACAGACAUGCAAAACUUUGGGCUGCGCACAGACAUGUACACAAAAAAGAAUGUUCCCUCCAAGAGCAAAGCUGCAGCCAGUGCCACUCGUGAGUGGACAGAACAGGAAACCCUGCUUCUCCUGGAGGCACUGGAAAUGUACAAAGAUGACUGGAACAAAGUGUCCGAGCAUGUGGGAAGCCGCACACAGGACGAGUGCAUCUUGCAUUUUCUUCGUCUUCCCAUUGAAGACCCAUACCUGGAGGACUCAGAGGCCUCCCUAGGCCCCCUGGCCUACCAACCCAUCCCCUUCAGUCAGUCGGGCAACCCUGUUAUGAGCACUGUUGCCUUCUUGGCCUCUGUCGUCGAUCCCCGAGUCGCCUCUGCUGCUGCAAAGUCAGCCCUAGAGGAGUUCUCCAAAAUGAAGGAAGAGGUACCCACGGCCUUGGUGGAGGCCCAUGUUCGGAAAGUGGAAGAAGCAGCCAAAGUAACAGGCAAGGCGGACCCUGCCUUCGGUCUGGAAAGCAGUGGCAUUGCAGGAACCACCUCUGAUGAGCCUGAGCGGAUUGAGGAGAGCGGGAAUGACGAGGCUCGGGUGGAAGGCCAGGCCACAGAUGAGAAGAAGGAGCCCAAGGAACCCCGAGAAGGAGGGGGUGCCAUAGAGGAGGAAGCAAAGGAGAAAACCAGCGAGGCUCCCAAGAAGGAUGAGGAGAAAGGGAAAGAAGGUGACAGUGAGAAGGAGUCUGAGAAGAGUGAUGGAGACCCGAUAGUCGAUCCGGAGAAGGAGAAGGAGCCAAAGGAAGGGCAGGAGGAAGUGCUGAAGGAAGUGGUGGAGUCUGAGGGGGAAAGGAAGACAAAGGUGGAGCGGGACAUUGGCGAGGGCAACCUCUCCACCGCCGCUGCUGCCGCCCUGGCUGCUGCCGCAGUGAAAGCCAAGCACUUGGCUGCUGUUGAGGAAAGGAAGAUCAAAUCUUUGGUGGCCCUGCUGGUGGAGACCCAGAUGAAAAAGUUGGAGAUCAAACUUCGGCACUUUGAGGAGCUGGAGACUAUCAUGGACCGGGAGCGAGAAGCACUGGAGUAUCAGAGGCAGCAGCUCCUGGCCGACAGACAAGCCUUCCACAUGGAGCAGCUGAAGUAUGCGGAGAUGAGGGCUCGGCAGCAGCACUUCCAACAGAUGCACCAACAGCAGCAGCAGCCACCGCCAGCCCUGCCCCCAGGCUCCCAGCCUAUCCCCCCGACAGGGGCUGCUGGGCCACCCGCAGUCCAUGGCUUGGCUGUGGCUCCAGCCUCUGUAGUCCCUGCUCCUGCUGGCAGUGGGGCCCCUCCAGGAAGCUUGGGCCCUUCUGAACAGAUUGGGCAGGCAGGGUCAACUGCAGGGCCACAGCAGCAGCAACCAGCUGGAGCCCCCCAGCCUGGGGCAGUCCCACCAGGGGUUCCCCCCCCUGGACCCCAUGGCCCCUCACCGUUCCCCAACCAACAAACUCCUCCCUCAAUGAUGCCAGGGGCAGUGCCAGGCAGCGGGCACCCAGGCGUGGCGGGUAAUGCUCCUUUGGGUUUGCCUUUUGGCAUGCCGCCUCCUCCUCCUCCUCCUGCUCCAUCCAUCAUCCCAUUUGGUAGUCUAGCUGACUCCAUCAGUAUUAACCUCCCCCCUCCUCCUAACCUGCAUGGGCAUCACCACCAUCUCCCGUUCGCCCCGGGCACUCUCCCCCCACCUAACCUGCCUGUGUCCAUGGCGAACCCUCUACAUCCUAACCUGCCGGCGACCACCACCAUGCCAUCUUCCUUGCCUCUCGGGCCGGGGCUCGGAUCCGCCGCAGCCCAAAGCCCUGCCAUUGUGGCAGCUGUUCAGGGCAACCUCCUGCCCAGUGCCAGCCCACUGCCAGACCCAGGCACCCCCCUGCCUCCAGACCCCACAGCCCCGAGCCCAGGCACGGUCACCCCUGUGCCACCUCCACAGUGAGGAGCCAGCCAGACAUCUCUCCCCCUCACCCCCUCUGGAGAUCACGGUUCCAGGAACAGCCCUUCCCCCACCACUGGGACCCUCCCCAGCCUGGAGAGUUCAUCACUACGUAAGGAAAGCUCCUUCCGCCCCUCCAAAGCCCUCACCAUGCCUAACAGAGGCAUGCAUUUUUAUAUCAGAUUAUUCAAGGACUUCUGUUUAAAAGAUGUUUCUAAUGUCUGGGAGAGAGGAUAGGAUGGGAAUGCUGCCCUAAAGGAAGGGCUGGUGAAAGGUGUUUAUACAAGGUUCUAUUAACCACUUCUAAGGGUACACCUCCCUCCAAACUACUGCAUUUUCUAUGGAUUAAAAAAAAAAAAAAAGUAGAUUUUAAAAAGCCACAUUGGAGCUCCCUUCUACCCACUAAAAAAUAACCAAUUUUUACAUUUUUUGAGGGGGAGUGAGUUUUAGGAAAGGGGAAUUAAAAUUCCAGGGAGAGCUCUGGGGAUAGAACAGGGUGCAGAUUCUGUCUCUCCCCAAGCCCCUUUUUAGUGACUGAGUCAAGGCCCCAGCUCCCCUAGCCCACCCUACACUGAGCUUAUUCGAGUUUAUUCGUACUAAUGAUCCCUCCUGCGGCUUCCUCAUUGUUGCUGUUUUAGGCCACCCCAGCUCAGCCAAUGAUUCCUUUCCCUCUGAAUGUCAGUUUUGUUUUUAAAAGUCACCUGCUUAGUUGAUGUCAGCGUAUGUGUAUUUGGUGGGGAAAACCUAAUUUCGGGGAUUUCUGUGGUAGGUAAUAGAAGAAAGGGCAGUGGGGGCUGUUCUCCUUCCUUCCCUGGGCUGUAUCCAUGGACUCCUGGAAGGCGCAGAGAAGGGAGCUGUAAGAGGAUGCGAAGUUUUAAAACCUGAAAUUGUUUUUUAAAGCACUUAAGCACCUCCUUAUUAUGACUUGGUGGGUCACCCCUUAGCCUCCUCCCUCUCCCACCAAGACUGUGAGAACUUCAGCUGAUAGCUGGGGGCUCCCCAGAUGAGGAUGCAGGGAUUUGGGAGCAGUGGAAGAGGGUGCCCAACCUUGGGCUGGACCAACCCUUGGCUCGGAGCUCAACUCUGCUUCCUGCAUUCCUGCUCCACGUCCCAGCUCCUCCCCUGUGACUGGAAGGCAGGUGUGCCUCCAGGCUCUGCACUGGUUCUUCUUGGUUCCUUCCACCAGGCCCUUUGUUCCUCAUGUCCCCGUGUUUCUCUCCCUCUGCGUCUUAGCACCUUUCUUCUGUUCAAAGUUUUCUGUAAAUUUUCUUUUUUUUUUUUUUUUUUUUUUUUUUUUAUAAAUUAAUUUGCUUUCA